ACAUAACUAGAAAUCAAGAGAUCCAAAAUUAGUCUUCACUGUCAUUAGCAAGUGAAAGGACUAAAAUGGGGUUAAAGAAGGAGUUUCUACUACUGAUAAUUUUGGCUUUGAGUUUUCUGCUUCUUCUUACUGUUGAAGGAAAAGUCCAUUAUCAUGAUUUUGUCCUGAAAGAUAAAAAUUUUACAAGGUUGUGUAGCACAAAAUCUGCUCUGGUAGUGAAUGAAAGCCUUCCAGGGCCAGUGCUUUAUGUGAACAAGGGAGAUACAGUUUUUGUUAAUGUUCACAACCAAGGAGGCUUUAAAGUCACUAUUCACUGGCAUGGAGUCAAGCAACCAAGAAACCCAUGGUCUGAUGGUCCAGAAUACGUUACACAAUGUGCAAUCCAGCCUGGUACAAACUUUACCCAAGAGGUCAUAUUUUCUGAUGAGGAAGGUACACUUUGGUGGCAUGCCCAUAGUGACUGGACAAGAAACACUGUCCAUGGAGCCAUUGUAAUUUAUCCCGAAGAAGGAAAAUCCUACCCUUAUCCCAAACCUGAUGCAGAAGAAAUUCUUGUACUGGGUUCAUGGUAUACCUAUGAUGUGAAUCUAGUAGUUGAACAAGAUCUAGCAACUGGUGCAGAUUUGCCUGUUUCUGAUGCUUACACCAUAAAUAGCCAACCGGGAGACUUUUGCGCUUGCUCCAACGAAUCAACAUACCGUUGGCAAGUUGAUUCUGGGAAGACUUAUCUUCUUCGCAUAGUGAAUGCAAUUAUGAACGCAGAAGUAUUCUUGGCAAUUGCAGAACACAAUCUCACUGUUGUGGGGAUGGAUGCAGCAUAUCUUAAACCUUUUGUAACAAGCUAUAUAAUGAUAGGUCCAGGACAAACCAUGGACAUUCUUGUGACGACAAACCAGUCUGUUGGCCGAUAUUAUAUUGCUGCUCGACAAUUUUAUACAGACAAAGCAAUCUUUACUGAAUAUGACAAAACAAAUGUUACUGCAAUUCUUGAAUAUAGUGGCAACUAUACUCUACCACAAGCUUCUCCUUCUUUCCCUUACACAACCCUUCCUUCUUACACAGACUAUCAUGCAGGAAUUAGUUUCAGGAAUAAAUUGAGAAGCCUUUAUAAUCAGACCGUCCCUAAGAAUAUCACUACCCGGAUGUAUAUAGUGGCUUCUCAGAACCAGUUCUUGUUUAACAAUUCAGGAAAUGUUACUAUCUCUCUUGCUGCAAGCUUAAACAACGUUACUUGGGUAAAUCCUAAAACGGAUGUGCUUCAGGCUUACUACAGCAACAUGAGUGGUUUUUACACUGAAGAUUUCCCAGACAUGCCACCGGUGUUCUAUGACUUCGUUGCAGAAGGGUUGCCAACUAAUACUACGCAAUCGUUAAUGGGGACGAAGGUGAAAGUGCUAGAAUAUGGAGAAGAAGUGGAAAUGGUGUUUCAAUCAUCUAAUGUACUGAAUGCUUCAGAGGAUCAUCCAAUGCAUCUCCAUGGACACAGUUUCUAUGUUGUUGGAUCUGGAGGAGGAAAUUUCGAUUUUGAAGAAGAUCCCAAAACAUACAAUUUGGUUGAUCCACCGUAUUUGAACACUGCUACUCUUCCAAAGAAUGGAUGGCUUACUGUUAGAUUCAAAGCACUUAAUCCUGGAGUAUGGUUAUGGCAUUGUCACUUAGAUCGCCACUACAGUUGGGGAAUGGAUACAGUUAUUAUAGUGAAGAAUGGCGGUACUCCUCAGACCUCUCUACGUGAACCGCCGGCUUAUAUGCCUUCUUGUGAUGAUUCACCGACAAUUAAGCUUUGGAAAUCUGAAUUCUCAUCUGCAAGUGUAAAAGGCUGAUGAAAUGUAUCAAUUAGAGUGUUAAGUUUUCUAAUAUCUAUGCAUGAUUUUGAAUUUUGGUUGGAGUCAAAAAUUAUGGGGAGCUAGAUAGCACGUUUUUAAUGUAUUGAUAAGCUAGAUUCUUGUGGUCUUUUCUUUAUUCUACAGCUACAAAGAACUUGAUUUUGAACUUCAGAUUUAUAUAUACAUAGUUGACUGGCAGUUUCAAUACUGGCAACUUUCAGAUUUAUAUAAUUAGGAGCCUGUUAUUUUUUA